UCUCUGAUCCAUCCAGCCUAUAUAUACACCUGCACUCUCAUGUGCUUCUUCUUCAUUCUGAUAUCUUAGCUUCCAAGAUCGGUAAGAACUAGCUAAGAAUUGUAAGCGUUGAUGAAAAGGUUUGCAGUCCCGGAGGGCGAGGUGGCGCGUGUGCUGAUUCUCAUGUCGCACGGCCAGGAGCAGGCGCUACCACUGCCUCUGCCUCUGCCGGUCGCCCGGCGCGGUGGCGCCCCGGAGCGGGUGUUCGUCUGCAAGACGUGCGACCGCGCGUUCCCGUCCUUCCAGGCGCUGGGCGGCCACCGCGCCAGCCACAAGAAGCCGCGGCUGGACGGGGAAGGCGGCGACCUCUCGCUCGCCAAGCCCAAGCUGCACAGCUGCUCCAUCUGCGGCCUCGAGUUCGCCAUCGGGCAGGCCCUCGGUGGCCACAUGAGGCGCCACCGCGCCAUGAAUGGCGGCAUAGCGCCAGCGACGACAGUCGUCGACAAGAAGCCCGACGUCGUCAACAUCCACGACGACGGCGUCAAGCGCGGCCUGUGGCUCGACCUCAACCACCCGCAGUGCGACGACGGUUGCGACCCCGAGGCGGAGUUCGGCCACAAUGCCACCGCCGGACAGUUCCUGGACACCGGCACCAUGGCUGUGGACUGCCUUGGCUACUAGUAGUAGAAACCAAGCUCCAUGAUGCUUCGAUACUUCUGGUGAAACCUUUUUAUUAAUCUUCAUUUUCAAUUGCUUUUCUGUGGACAAAUACACAUUUUGUAGUGGUAGAGGUGCCUAAUGCAUGCAUGGAUGAUGGAUAAUGCAUGCAAGUUUUUGGGGUGUCUUUUAGAUGCUGUGCUGCUUUGGUAGUUAAUCUGGAGGCUUAAUUACCAAAGCCAGAUACCUGAUUUACCAUGGGUUUCAUGUUAUUAUGGAUAAAAACCCUUUGGUCAAAUGGAUUGAUGUAAUUAUUUAAAUAUAGAGCCUGUGGCUUUCUUCAUUUGGUACUCCAUGUCAUGUUGCCCAGUUUAGUAUGUGAGUGACACAACAUAACACAUGAGUUGAAUCGGUGGUAUAUACUUGACGUCGAAAUUAAGGUAUCCCAUGUUUUUAAGAAAACUUUUGCUUCUGUAAGGCUA